AACUCAAAAAGCUUCGCCGUCAAAAAGAGAGGUUAUACAAAAUGAAAAAUAAAUCUGGUGUUAAGAGAAUAAACACUUUGAUUAAAGCCGAAUUACAAAGACUAAAUGCUCUCUAUAACCAGAAGUUUCUUUCAUGUAAAUCCUCAUCUAAUAUGUGGAAGCUAUUAAAGGAAAUCACAGGUGGUAAGCAAAUAAUGAAUGAUACUUCUGUCGAUGUUGAUAUGCUAAAUAAAUCCUUCAUAUGUAUCCCUGCAGAUGUUAUGAUUCCCAAAUCUAAUAGUAUAAAUAAUGACUGCUUUUCAUGUUUUAACACGAAUGAUGUCCUCAAGUGUCUUCAAUCUCUCAAACCUACCCAGUCCCUUGGUCCUGAUGGAGUUCCUGCUGUUAUCCUUAAGAAGUGUGCUGACAUCUUAUGUUACCCAUUAACUGACAUUUUCAAUGAAUCUUUUUCCAAAAGUUUUAUUCCUGACUCAUGGAAAAAUAUCAAGGUUGUUCCAGUGCCCAAAUCAACAAGUGGACCUACUGUCAAGUUUAGACCCAUUGCUAUUACCUCACCUUUUUUAAAAGUUAUGGAAAGACUUAUUUUACUUAAUCUUGAACCCUCUUUAAAGCCUUUUAACGACCCCAACCAGUUUGCCUAUAAACAUAGUAGGUGUACCCUAGAUGCCGCUGUAGUUCUAUAUCAUAAUAUAGUCUCUAGUUUAGAUAGAGGAGCCAAAUAUGUUCGGUGUGCCUUCCUUGAUUACACAUCUGCAUUUGACUCUGUACCUAGGUCUCUCUUGUUAAGUAAGCUUGCUGCAACACAGAGUGAGAGCUGGAUAAAUAAG